UUAAAUAUGGCGUCCUACUUAAACUAGUGAAGUUGAAGAACCACAAAUUUUAAAAACACGUCUUAAAUUGCAAUGUAUCGACUGUAUUUCGGGCAGCAACAUGGAACUGUUAGUGAAUGCUGUGAAAAAAAUCCAUAAACUAAAUGUUUGCAAAAGUUCGGUUCGUUACGUCAAUUCGUUGGCAGAUAGCGACUUGAAAACCGAAAGGGAUCUGCCGCUGGUGAUCGGGUCAAGCCAGGCUUUGGUGCAGAAACUAGGGACGCAGGUGGAGGUAAGAACGGCCUUCAUUACCGAGGAGGAGGAGGUUGCCCUUCUGCUGGAGCUGGAACCAGGCUUGAAGAAGAAACGCUACGAAUUCGAUCACUGGGAUGACGCUAUUCAUGGAUACAGAGAAACUGAACGUUUGACGUGGGGUGAAGCGUGCCAGGGCAUUUUAGCUCGUGUCCGUUCAGUAGCAUUUGCUUCUGGAAGCUCACUUCUUGGGCCCGUACAUGUCCUAGAUCUGGAUAAAACUGGUUAUAUCAAACCUCACAUUGACAGUGUCAAGUUCUGUGGCAGCACAAUCACUGGAUUGAGUCUUCUCUCAGACAGUGUCAUGCGCUUAGUUAAAGAGGAUGCUCACAGUGAAUGGCUAGAUCUGCUGCUGCCAAGACGCUCCCUCUACAUCCUAAGGAACCAAGCCCGGUAUGACUUCACUCAUGAAAUCCUAAAAGAUGAGGACUCUAUAUUUAAUGGACAGCGAGUUCCUAGGCAACGACGCAUCUCCGUUAUUUGUCGGAACCUUCCGGCUUGAAUGCACUCUAAUUCAGAUAGAAUGUAGAUUUGACCUGCUCCACAAAGACAUUGUAAAUGGCCUCAUUGAUGUUGUUACUCCUCACUGGUGGAAAGUAGAGUGCCAAAAAUUAAGUGCGCAAGACUUGAUUUGUAUUUACUGAAAUUACAAUAUCAAGUGCAUUAAGUAUUAUGAGUCCAUAUUUUCAUGGAUUAUAAUAAAUGGCUCCUCCACAUUCAUUAAUAAAUACAUUUUUAAAUAUCUGUCAACAUAUUUCUCAAAAGUGCAGUCCUCUGUGAGCUAUUGUCCCUGGAAAACAUUGAAUUUGUAGACAUGGUGACAAUCUCAUUAAAUCUUUGUGGACACAAAAGGGGAAAACAAGUAAAUUUCAUAAUUUAGGUGGAAGCACGAUGUAUGAUUGUAUCAAUAAAGAACAUUUGUGAAGAGAGUUUCAUCACUUGCAACUUGGUGUUAUGUAUUAAAUACCCCUUCUGAAUUAAUGAGGAACAGUUCAGUGUCCUUCAAAUUUGCCAUGAAUUUUGCCGUGCUUGUAUUCUCCACUAUUGUUUUGAGACAAACUUGAGUGUUCAAAUGAGUUUCAUAUUUGCAUGUUUUUCAAGGUAAAAAAAAUAUUUUACAAGUAUUCCCGACCUU